ACGACAACUCGCGUACACUAGUUUCCUGUGCGUGGGGUGUGUAGCUGGCUGAGCUGCGGGUACCUAGCGGCUUUCAGGCUACCGAUAAGCGUUGAAAACUGCAUAGGAUAGUUUUUGUGCAGGCUUGCGAUACUUUGACACGCGCUACUUAUCAGAUUAGAUUCAGAAUACAAGCAACAGCGAAGGCAAGGAGAGCGACCCCAGAGAUGGCGGUAGGUGGCGUGCCUCAGAACUGUGGCGGGACCCCCACAGGUCGGGAAGAGCCGCUGGCCCGAGUGAAGACAGCAAGACAGAUCAGAGUGGCUCUACUACCGUGUUUGUUUGCGUGAAUUCUGCAUUUACAUGCAGUGAAGACUUAUUUUAGGUGCGCGAUGGGGUCGACAUACAGAGAGGGAUACCUGGUGUGCGUAUCUAAUCCGCUAGCAACACGGCCACCUAUCUGCUACAGCGCUGAGGUCAAGCGCGCAGCAUAGACCAGCCGAAGUAGCUUACCCAGCAUGGGAGUGCUGCACCGGUGAGCUGGAUACGAAAGUACAUUGCUGUGCCAUCAUACUUUACGUUUUCUAAGAAUCGGUUCAUCCGGAUGUAAAGCGACACACCUUUCUGUGUAGAAAUUGCCACGCGUUGGUGCAGGCUGCAGACUCCUUGAUUUGCUUCCAGCCCGCGGCGUUUUAGCCAGAGGAGAAGCGUACCAUCGGGAGAUUUGCAGUAUCGGCAUACCGUCGGUGCUAACUUUCCCUUAGAGAUCGUUAUUUUAGAGAUCUAGCAAGAGAGGAUGCUUAGUACCUCUGGAUAAUCAGUGCAACUCGCGGUAUUUCCCCUGAUCCUUUAGUCCGUAUCCGGCAGUAGCACGAUUCCCUGAAAGCGAAGCGGUACACUCUGCGGCUCGCCCCUUCUCGCACCUCUGCACGCUUUUCUGCAGUCACGGCGGCAUUUUCCCCCUCAGUUCAAGGGUCCGUUGUUGCCUUGUGCUUGCUACCCGACUAAUCGUUUCGUCGAGUGUUGGUGCUAACUAAAAUUUAAGGCACGAUGGCGGCGGCUGCCGAGAAGGUCGCGUACGGGCCAGAGGACGAGGCACGGGAAGUGGAGGAGGAAUUGGACGACAGCAAAUUCGACGUCACAGACCAAAGACGGCGGCAGUCGUACCUCGAGUAUUUCGGUCUUGCUGAAACACCGGCAGAGGACCAGGAAGCUGGCGCCGGGGGGCUCAGCCUGCCGAACACCGGCCAUCGGAAAUCGUCUGCUGUUUCGAUCCUCUUCGACGCUGGCAAGUUCACGCACUGGACAGACUUGUAUCGACAAUGUCGGGGGUGCCAGCCCGUCCUCUUCAAAAAAAUGCCGCUGAGAGUUGAGGUCCUGCAGCCCGGCCAGGCCCCCUCUGUUCUCGGAUCAAGGGAAAUGUGGAUUGCAGUCCACGCACAUGGAAAGGCGUGCUAUGGCCCGGCCCCCUGUGCCUGUGACGAUUGGCCAAUGGAUUGCCGACUCGCUAUCGUUAAAAAGCCCAUGAAUGAACUGGUAUACCAAUUGCCGAACGGGAACUCCACUGAGACCGCCAAAGUAUAUUCGAUCUACACAGAUGUCAACGGCGACAAGUACAUUCGACUGUCUCAGCCUGAUGCCAACGAUUUUUUUGACAAGGCACCGUAAAGCGAAUUAUAUCUCUGAGACGCAAGAUUGACCUUUCGGCGUGCUUCCCGUCACACGAUUCCAGCCGCAGUCUCUGCGAAGGACGAUCAAGUGUUCUAACAUCAAUCGCGGACGUAGUCGUUCCACGAGGUGUCACCCGACGCGAAUGCUCGAUAAUGCGACUUUCCACAUUUCCGGUUGUGUUUUCGUUUGGGCCAACGAUUUUUUAGUGUCUGUGGUCAAUGUACCAAAUUUUUUGUAAGAAGGUUUUGUGAGUGAGGUCACUCGACCGAGCUCUGUUCUUGUAAACGCACCGCCGGUGUGACUAUCGGAGGUGGAAAUGUUGUUGGUCGCUGUCGUAUGUACCGGUUUCAUAUUUGAUCUCCGGUGUUUCUCAGUGCCCUCAACCCGUGUUCGACUAUUGCCGUUGUCAGUUUCUACAACAGCAUGCUGUACAACCCUUUGCCGUUAAUGCACUGGGUAUAUCUGACCAUUCAUAAUUGGGAGGAUCUUACGAAAUCGUAUGGGAAAAACGGUUGAUACCAGGCACGAGGAGCGUUCACUACCGCAUACAGAUAUAAAGGCUCACGUUUGUGGAAGCAAACUGAACAUCAUUGUACUUGCCCAACUGCCGAUCAGGAGAGGGUUUUCGGACGCCUUCAAUAAGCUCCAGUAACACCGGAGGGCUGGAGUGCUUUUGUGACGACACUCGUCUUCCUUACACGCCAAAUUGUCCGAAGCGCAGCGCAAUAGAACCAGCAUUUGGUGGGAACGAGCUAUGGUCACCUCACGGGCGUGACCCUUAUGGGAGCUGUUCACCAUUUCUUUUUGAAAAGUGGUGAGCUGGCGAUUGGGAUUCACCUCAUUAUUUGUAGUACUCGGCCCAAAUCGUCUACCUGCGGUGGAAGCGGGGACAGUAAGGCAGACUCUCUAGAGCUUAGUGUCCUUUUUUUAAUUGCAUACUCCUCCUCUAGCCGGCACGCCGGUUGGUUUAAGAGUACGAAGGUUCCACACCGUCACAAAGAGUUCGCAGACACACCUUCCACAGACAUUCAAGCAGAAUAGGGACGACCAGUGAAUAUGGUGUGCGUGUGCGAGUCAGAGCGUCUCCACUUGCUGACAUCUGCACAAGGAAACCAAGUCAUUCACCUGAGUUACACUGCCGUAUGGCGUAUGACACGACUCGAAGCACAUUCGUGCCCCGCAGAAUCUCUAGAGCCUUCACGUGUGAAAGCGACGUGAAAGUGUAUGAAUGACCUGGAUAUCUGACCGCAAUGGAGAUUGCUGCCGACUGUUUCCCCUACAUCUGAAGUUGUUUCUCAGUAACUACUGUGUCGGUGAAAGGAAGUCUUUAUUGCUUUGAUCGACAGUCUGUUUCUGCAUGUAGAAACCUUCGCCGAACUGGACUGCCAGGGGACUCCGUAUUUUCACAGAUAUAAUACACAGGCUUUUCCUAAUGGUAUCGCAACGUCAUCGUUGCCGUGAUGUUUCCCAGACAGCAGGCGAGAGAGUUGAAGUGAUGCAUUCUGUCAGAAACAUAGGUGAAGCAUGAAUCAAACAGACUUCCAGGGUCAGGCAAGAGUGAGUAAAACAUUUUUUCGUGAGUUGGUAAAGAAGGGAGCGAACACAGCAAAGAGACAGAGAUAUCAGCAGAAGAAUCCGCCGAACCCGACAUCGAGCUAGGACAAUUUGGCUCUUGUCAUUUUGUCAAUUUCUGACCGAAGCCCCGCACUCCCUCCAUUCACACGAACAAAACGAUGCUCGUUACCUUUUGACGCUGACGCUGCGUUGUCUACUCCGUAAACGGAUGUAGUCAACUGACAUGAGCUGAACAGCUCCCGCACAGUGAUGGAACUGGUUUUUUCUGCUCACGGUGAUGGGAAAGACAUACACCGACUGCGUGUGAUCUGCCGUGGACCCUGCAUUGUAUGCGUG